CCUCGCACAUCGCUUAUCACAGAUCCCCUCACUCCUCAAAGUACAAGCAGGUACUGUAUAUAAAAAAAGAACAGUCAUGACGUCAGUGACGGUGUUAGAGGAGCCAGACUGGUGCCAGUCCUGGUGCCAGUUCUGUUGGGAGUCAAAGGGGCGGGCACUGCUGAUAACACCCAUCAUAUCUUGUUGUUGCAACUUUCACUAAAAAAUCCUUUCACCAGAAAAAAAGAAACACACCGUAGGCUAUGUGAUGCUUACUGACGUUAUUUAAAAAAUCGAAAUAUGCGCAUGGUUGUUCUUGUUAUUGCUCUUGUCACUGUCCAGCAGCUGCGUCUCAUCCUCUUAAAACUGGCACCAAAGUCUGAUCCCUCGCACACUGUUAAUGUUGUCAUGACUCAUGAUCGAGGAAAUAACAAUUAAGAAACGGAAGGCAUUAUUGAUCGUGAAGACUUGCGUCUCACUUCCUGAUUUCCACAAAGGCAGGGAUGCUUCUCAAGCACUGAUAUUCACUGACAUGUAAUGAUCAGAGCAGAGAGCAUACAAACAGGAAGACAUACAGACGGGCUCAGAGAGACCGUCGACAUGGAUCACUUGUUGCUACUGUUGCUGUUGCCGUGGAGCUCAGUACUCCAGGCUGAAGGAGAACACAAGUCAACAGAAUCUGUCAGGGUGGUGAAAGGAGACAGUCGCUGUGCAGGAACACUGGAGGUGAAACAUCAGGGAGACUGGAGACCAGUAAGAGGUGUUUACAUGAGCUAUAAUGAGGCCCUGGUGGUAGCUGUUGAUGCUUGCAGAGAGAUAGACUGUGGCUCUGCGGUUUCUGUUGGACGGACAGCGGAGUCCAAAGACAGAUCUGUGUGGAUCAUCAGCUCUGACUGUGUUCAGUCUGGAUCUGCUCUGAGGGAGUGUGCAUCAUCAGAUUUCUCUUCCUACAUCUUAAAUCUCACCUGCCUAGACUCUGUCAGGCUGGUGAAUGGGAUCAGUCUGUGCUCAGGUAGACUGGAGGUGAAGUCUAAGCAGUCUAACCAGAGGUGGUCCUCAGUGUGUGAAGCUGACUUUGACCAGCAGGAUGCAGAGGUGGUGUGUAGGGAGCUUGGCUGUGGGCCUCCUUCAGUCCUCCAGGGGGGACUCUAUGGAGAAGAGGAGGCUCCAAUGUGGACCAGAGAGUUUCAGUGUGAAGGCAAUGAGUCUGCUCUCCUGGACUGUAGAAGCUCAGGCUCAGAGAGAGACACCUGCUCACCUGGCAAAGCUGUUGGACUCACCUGCUCAGACCCUGUCAGGUUGGUGGGAGGAGACAGUCGCUGUGCAGGAACACUGGAGCUGAAACAUAAUGGAGACUGGAGACCAAUGACUGCUGUCCACGAUGUCUGGACCCUAAAGACAGCAGUUAUUGUCUGUAGAGAGUUGGACUGUGGCUCUGCUCUUUCUGUAGGAUGGAGAGAGGGGUCCUCAGACAGAUCUGUGUGGAUGACCUCUGGCUGUGAUAACUUUAGAACUGCUUUGAGCAAGUGUGUAGUGUCAGAUAGCUCUUCUUCCAUCACAGAUCUCAUCUGCUCAGACUCUGUCAGGCUGGUGAAUGGGACCAGUUUGUGCUCAGGUAGACUGGAGGUGAAGUCUAACCAAUCUAUCCAGAGGUGGUCCUCAGUGUGUGAAACUGACUUUGACCAGCAGGAUGCAGAGGUGGUGUGUAGGGAGCUUAGCUGCGGGCCUCCUUCAGUCCUCCAGGGGGGACUCUAUGGAGAAAUGGAGGCUCCAAUGUGGACCAAAGAGUUCCAGUGUGAAGGCAAUGAGUCUGCUCUCCUGGACUGUAGAAGCUCAGGCUCAGAGAGAGACACCUGCUCACCUGGCAAAGCUGUUGGACUCACCUGCUCAGAGCCUGUCAGGUUGGUGGGAGGAGACAGUCGCUGUGGAGGAACACUGGAGCUGAAACAUAAUGGAGACUGGAGACCAGUGGGUAAAAAUUCAAUUAACUGGUCCCUGGACGAAGCAGCAGUUGCAUGUAGAGAGCUGGACUGUGGCUCUGCUGUUUCUGUGGGACUGAGAGAGGAGUCUUCACGCAGACCUGUGUGGGAAAUCAACUCUAACUGUGUUCUUUCUGGAUUUUCUCUGAGGGAGUGUGUAGAGUCAAGCUCCUCUUCCUCCAUGGCAGAUCUCACCUGUUUAGACUCUGUCAGGCUGGUGAAUGGGAUCAGUCUGUGCUCAGGCAGGCUGGAGGUUAGAUCUAACCAGAGGUGGUCCUCAGUGUGUGAAGCUGACUUUGACCAGCAGGAUGCAGAGGUGGUGUGUAGGGAGCUUGGCUGUGGGCCUCCCUCAGCCCUCCAGGGGUUGCUCUAUGGAGAAGUGGAGGCUCCAAUGUGGACCAAAGGGUUUCAGUGUGAAGGCAAUGAGUCUGCUCUCCUGGACUGUAAAAGCUCAGGCUCAGAGAGAGACACCUGCUCACCUGGCAAAGCUGUUGGACUCACCUGCUCAGAGCCUGUCAGGUUGGUGGGAGGAGUCAGCCGCUGUGCAGGAACACUGGAGCUGGAAUAUCAGGGAGACUGGAGGCCAGUGUCUGAUCGUUACGAACACUGGACCCUGAGGGAAGCAGUUGUUGCCUGUGGAGAGUUGGACUGUGGCUCUGCUGUUUCUGUAGGACGGAGAGAGGAAUCCUCAGACAGAUCUGUGUGGUUAAUUUUGCCUCACUGUGUUCAGUCUGGCUUUGCUCUAAGGGAGUGCGCAACAUCAAGUUCCUCCUCCUUCAUCAUAGUUCUCACCUGCUCAGACUCUGUUAGGCUGGUGAAUGGGACCAGUCUGUGCUCAGGUAGACUGGAGGUGAAGUCUAACCAGUCUAAGCAAUCUAACCAGAGGUGGUCCUCAGUGUGUGAAGCUCACUUUGACCAGCAGGAUGCAGAGGUGGUGUGUAGGGAGCUUGGCUGUGGGCCUCCUUUAGUCCUCCAGGGGGGACUCUAUGGAGAAGAGGAGGCUCCAAUGUGGUCCAGAGAGUUUCAGUGUGAAGGCAAUGAGUCUGCUCUCCUGGACUGUAGAAGCUCAGGCUCAGAGAGAGACACCUGCUCACCUGGCAAAGCUGUUGGACUCACCUGCUCAGAGCCUGUCAGGUUGGUGGGAGAAAACAGUCGAUGUGCAGGAACACUGGAGCUGAAACAUAAUGGAGACUGGAGACCAGUGAAAUUUUUUAUUGAUGUUUUUUCUGUGGAGCCAGCAGUUGCUGCCUGUAAAGAACUGGGCUGUGGCUCUGCGCUUUCUGCAGGACUGGUAGAGUCCUCAGACAGAUCUGUAUGGAAUCUCAACUCUGACUGUGUUCUCUCUGGAUUUGCUUUGAGGGAGUGUGCUUCAACAAGUUCCUCUUCCUUUUUUCGGAAUCUCAUCUGCUCAGACCUGCUGCUUCAGCCCAACAUCUCUGUGUCCUCCUCCAUGGGCAGGGUCUCUGAGGCCCAGCAGCAGGAGUUUCAGGUGAACUGGGGCUCGCCCUUCACCAUCAGCUGCUCCGUCCAACCACAGUACCCAGAAGGCUACUUUGAGCUCACCUUCACCUCCUCCAACUCAGCACACAACUACACCGAGCAAGCUGUCAAUCACUCUGCCCACUUCCUGUUUUCUGCAGAGUCCGCCCACCAAGGAAACUACAGCUGUGUUUAUCACGUCUAUGUUUUUUCUCAUAGCUUCUCCUCUCAGAGUCGUCUGCUCUCUGUCACUGUCUCAGGAUUGAAUCCAAAACUUUAUAUUAUUGGAGCGGUAGCCCUGCCGCUGAUUCUGCUGUUGGUGAUUGGUGCCCUUUGCUUCUACUGUAAGGCCCGCAGGGGAUAGACAACGGGCACACAGUAGAAAACUGAGCUGGAUUAUUAUUCUGUGGGUGUUUCUGCAGCUGAAGGAGCUCAGGAAGCAGAGUAGCACCUCCAAGGAGCCCAUCCCACAUCCAGUAGAUUUUUAUAUGCAUGUUUCAUUUCAACAAGAAUUUUGUAAUUUGACAUUUUUUUUCAUUUCACGAGAAUUUUAAUUCAUUUUGUAAUCAAGUUUGCCUAAUUUACUUAAUUUUGUAACAAAGGGUUCUGCUUAUUUUCAUGGUUAAGUAUUUUGCUUAUUUCAUAAGAAUUUUGAAUCUUAAUUUUGUACUGAAUGAGUUUUAUUUUUUCAAAGGAGUUGUGUUUAUUUUUGUAAUCAUGAACAUUGCUUAUUUUUGUGAUAACUAAUUUUGUAAAAAAUUGUUCUUAAGCAAUUAUUUACUUUUGUGCUGAAUGAUUUUGCUUAUUUUUAGAAUUAAGGAACUGUCAUAUUUCAUAAGAAUUUUAUUGAUUCUUUUUCAUUUAUCCCUUUAUUACUCCAUGAAUAGAAAAUACUGUCAGCAGCCAUAAAAUAAAAACAAUGUUUAGGAACAAAAUGUUCUGUAAAUGAUAUGAAUGUUGUAUGGAAACCCCCCUUGUAAAAACCCUCAGAAUAAAAACCCUCUUAUCACCUUAUUACACAAUGAAAAUAAAUAAAUGAAUUAAUACUAGGAAAA